AAAAAAAAACAAAGCUCCGAGCACGGCUGGGCGGAGCCGCUGCUAGAGGCGGGGCUAUACGUGUGGAAUUAAAGCAUAGCAGCGAUGACAUAAUUUCCCGUUAAAGCCACACCUGUUUCCGCUGGCUUUCAGUUUCGGUUCCUGAAACAGGCGGAGAGUCCGCGGAAAUCCGCCCUGUGGCCCCCGGCACCCUGCUGCCCUGCCUGGCCUUCCCCCGCUUCUGGCUCCCCAGUGACAGCGGGAACAUGUACUACGAGUCGGAAGAGCACUGGGUCUGGGAGUAUGACUCCACCUGGGAGGAUGAAUAUGACCCUAAAUCUGAUCUAAGGAAACCAUCCAAGCGGGGGACAUCUCGGAGUGCCAGGGCAGCCAGGGACAUGCAGAACUACCGGCGAGGUUAUCCAGACACAGAGGAUCAGGACUAUGAUGAGAUGAAUUUAAAAUUCUACAAGAAUGAGAUCUGCUUUGAGCCAAAUGGAGUGCGCAUAGAAGACAUACUUGAACACUGGAAGAAAGAAUAUGACCAACUGGAAGAAAAUCAUUCUUAUAUCCAGUGGCUGUUCCCCCUGCGGGAAAUGGGGAUGAAUUGGUAUGCAAAACCUCUGACCCAGCAGGAAAUUGAGGUUCUAAAAACAGAUGAAGACGUCAAAAGGAGGUUUUGUGAGGCCUACAAACUUAUGUUGGAUUUUUAUGGCAUCAAAUUAAUGGAUGAGAAGACUGGUGAAGUUGCCCGAGCCCAGAACUACAAGGAAAGAUUCAGUAAUCUCAAUCGUCACGGGCACAAUAACCUGCGGAUAACGAGGAUACUAAAGUGUUUGGGGGAACUUGGCUAUGAGAGCUUUCAAUUUCACCUCGUCCGGUUCUUCCUGGAGGAAACACUGGUGAAAAAGGAGUUGCCCAAUGUCAGACGCAGCGCCUUGGACUAUUUCAUGUUUACUUUGCGGAACAGAGAGCAGCGAAAGGAGCUGGUGCUGUUUGCCUGGGAACAAUUAAAAGAUAAAGGGAAGUUUAUAUGGGGGCCUUCUUGGUACCUAAAAAAUAGAGAAUUGAGCACAGACAGUUGCAUUAAAAGAGGUAAAGUGCAGUUAGACAAUAAUGAGAAAAACAUAUGUGUAGGAAUGGAUGAAGGGAACUCAGGAGUAGAUGUAAGUAAAAAAAAGCCAGAGGCCCAGCAAUCAUCUAUUGAGCCUGGACAUACUGAGGAGAAAAAGGAAAAGAGUACAGAUGAAAGCUUUUCAGACAAAAACACACAGAAGGAGCUGCCACAUAAUCCUGAGACUAAUGAAUAUAACUCAGGGACAGGAAGUAUAGCUAAAGACAAAUCAGAGCCCCAGCAAGCAGUUGAUGGGGCUGAACAUAACAUGGAGCAAAAAGAAAAGGACAAAAUUAAAGAAACUUCAGAGAAUGUGAAACAAGAGCAGAGUGAACAGGAGGGGACAGGUGACAGCAGUUUAGACAAAAACCCACAGAAGGAGCUGCCACACACACUUGAGAACGAAGGGGUUGAUAAGCCUAUGUUGGAAGAAGCUGGUGAUUUAGGUGGCAGGGAAGAAGGCCAGGUGGAAGCUGAAGGUAAGAACAGUAAUAGAGGGGCAUUAACUAAGGUAGUUGAGGAAGCCAACUUAAAGGUGGAUAAAAGUGUCUGUGGAGAUGAUACUGUAGCAAAGGUCGAGGAUCCAAUGAAGAGAAAAGACUUUCCGUCCACAGAAGAGAGAGAUACCUAUAAAAGCGGGGACAGUGUUUCAAAGAAAAUAAAGCUGAAUGAUAUGCAUGAUAGCCUGCAAAGGAACAUGAGCAACUGCUGCAUCAGCCCAGAUGGUGUUUCAAAGAAUUGCUCAAUCAGUGAACAGAGGCCUAGAAAAGAGAGUACUGUAAAUAACAUGGAUGGCAUACAGGCAAGUAAUGAGAUUAUUGUAGAAGAGCAGGCCAGGCAGCCGGAAGGUAGUAUGGAACAAAUAGGCAAUGGAUUAUCUCAGGGAGCAGGAGGAGGAAACUUGAAUAAAGAUGGGGCAAGUGGUACAGAAACCAAUGAAAAUGUUUCAGUUCCUGAUGAUAAUAUUGACACUUUGGAAUCAGAAUGAUCGUUUAUGAUCCAUCUGCUGUCAGAUCAAUCACCAAGAUCACUGGGGGAAGGUUUGUAUCAUCUUUCCCACCAAGGCUGGAGUGUUGAGAAGGGGUGGAACAAGGAAUUGGGGAUCAUGUGGUUUGGGCCCCCCUCUCUCAGCAUUCAUUAGUCCAGUCCUUAGGCACAGAGGGACUACUAAAAUAUCUGGGCCCUGGCGCUUUUGAACUUGCUACACUGUGCAUAGUUCUGCCCUGGUGCUUGAAAUUCUCAGAAUGUUCCAUAUUCUGAGUUGAUUUUUUUUUCCAACUUUACCAUUGAGGCGUUGAUUUAUACAAGAAAUGCAGUUUGCAUCCUUAUGAAUUUUUUUCCAGAGCAUUUGUAUAAUAAAUACAAUUCUAUCUGCUGUG